UGGCAAUAUCUCGUGGGGAAUUGAAUGAAAAAAAGAGAGAAGAGUCAUCACAGUUCAAAGCCUUAUUAUUUGCUUAUUUAUACACCUUCGUGUUCGAUUUCACAUUUCUUUAGGAUCAUUGUUCCUUUUUCAUCUUUACCUGGAAAAAUAUCUACCUCCUCGUUUAUUACUGAGAUCGAAACUAGUGGUAGAGUUGUGUGCUAAACAAGUCAGAGAAUAUGAGAAACGUGAACAAUAGCAUCGAUACGGUGAGCGCCGCUGCUUCUGCCAUCUUCUCCUCCUCCCAGUCAAGAGCACACUCUUCGACGGUGCAGAAGAAAAAAUGGGGAAGCUGCUGGAGCUUGUACUGGUGUUUUGGAUCACAAAAGAACAACAAGCGUAUCGGCCACGCGGUGCUUGUACCCGAACCGGUUACCUCCGGAUCAGCUCCGGAGGCUCCAGUCCAAAACUCUUCAAGCAACUCAACUUCUACUUUUCUUCCCUUCAUAGCUCCUCCUUCAUCUCCUGCAUCGUUUCUUCAGUCAGGUCCUCCAUCUAUGUCCCACACUCCUCAUGGUCUACUCUCCUUAACCGUCAACACAUAUUCCCUAAACGAACCGUCUUCAGCCUUUGAGAUUGGACCUUACGCUCACGAAACUCAACCCGUGACUCCUCCUGUAGACUCUGCUUACACAACUAGACCAUCCACUGCGCCGUUCACGCCACCUCCAGAGUCAGGGCAGAUGAGUUCUGCAACACCUUCUUCCCCUGAAGUUCCCUUUGCUCAGUUACUUACUUCUUCUCUGGAACGGUGCGGAGGAGUUAAUCAAAACUUUUCAGCUGAACAGUAUGAGUUUCAGUCGUAUCAGUUGGGGUUUGAGGACUUCACAGCGCGUAAAUGGGGGUCGAGAUUCGGUUCUGGAUCCAUCACACCUGCUGGUCAAGGUUCAGGUGCUCUGACUCCUGAUGGUGGUGGAGGAUACGGUUCAAAGCUUGAUUCUGGGAAUCUGACGUCACUUGAAGGCUGUGUUUUUGGAUAUUCAGAUCACGGGUCGUCAUGGAACGACGAAGCUGUCACGGUUGCUCAUAGAGUUUCAUUCGAGUGUGGAGACUUAGCACGUUGUUUCGCAAGUAAGCUAAACCGAGUUGGUUUAGAUGAGCAAACCGGUUUCAAUGAGGCGGUUUCGGUUUCACCUACAAACCGAUGGAGUGACGAAACGUGGGGAGAAAGAGAGAGCGAACUGAGUCACAAGUUGAGAACGUUUUCGCUAGGGUCGAGCAAAGAGUUCAAGUUUGAUAACACAGAAGAAGUAGUGAGAACGGAGUGGUGGGCAGAUGAGAAGGUCGGUGAUGACAGUCUAGGAAACAGUUGGAGUUUCUUUCCGGUGUUAAGGUCUGGAGGAUUCAGUUGA